CUGGACAAAAGCUACAGGUGCACCGAAGGAUCUAAAACUAUAUUUGCGGAGAGAACAUAUAUAUAUAUUUUAGAAAAUAUAAAACCAAAUACCAUUUACUUAUAUAGAUUUGGAAGGAAAAUCAGGAAAAAAUCACGCUACUUGAAAUAUAUCAUUUCAAAUGGAGUAGGCUGCAAAAUUUUGACUUCGCAUAAAAUUCCUGCGAAAGAAGUUACUGGAGUUCGAAUUCAAUCUUCGGUCUCGUCUCGAUCUCGACACUUAAUUUUGUCAGUGACUGUGGGGUUGUGAGCCGCUAGCUGCUCCGAUCGACGAGUAGGGACAGACGCGCCAGGAGCGCGAGAAGAAGAACCCGAAGUAGGGCUGACGUACUGUGGAGCCUGUGCCUGUUUUGAGGAAAAUAUAUUCGAUUUGAAGAUAUUGAAAGAGAUUCAGACAUUCAGAAUGCUAUAAACAGGAGACUGACCAGUUAGGAUGGCAAGUGAAGUAUCAACAUAUCCUUUGUUUAAUUAUUUUGACAACUCUCCCGAACUUUUGCUUCAAGAGCGGGAGUACAUCUAUGCUGACAAAUCACAGCACGAGACGUCCUUCAAAUUGAGACCGAUCCAAGCAAAAUGCUCCAGACUCCCGCCCCGGUCUUUGUCAAAUAUAGAAAUCAACCACAAGCUUCGGACCAGCGUUGAAGAGUCGUGCAAUCCUGAGCCGUCUGAUGCAUUCCGGAUGUGGGUAGAAAGUGGGAGGCGUGGGCCACCGUUCCCCCCGCGAUGGGAUGACCGGUAUAACAGUAACGUAUGGAGGAACUUCAGUCACGGCGAAGGCUACAAGAUAUCCACUCCUGGUAGGCGAGUUAAAGAAACGAUAGCGGCUAUGUACCCCAUACCCGUCCCCUCACACUCCGAAAUGGGCGAUCACACGUUUACAAAGUUCCUUAGUGAAGUGCCUGUCAUCCGCGACCCGAAGAAACGCCAUCUGGCAAUCACCCACUCCAUGAGGGAGCUACAAGACUUCCAGCGCCUCAAGCUUCGCAGCCAGAUGAGAGUCCCACCUAUGGACACAGAAGGGAACAUCGUCCCACCUGAAGGGUUCGUUCGACAUGAGCGCCGUUUCAGGGGAGAACCGCAUUCAACAGUGACAACAAAGUUCCGGGAGAUGAAUGAAAUCGAUCGGGAGAGCCAACGCAGUAAACUCGGAACUCACAUGACUAGUCCCAACAGACUCUGGAAGGUAUCCUUCAAAGACAACCAUCCAGACUUCGAGAGGGUUAUGAAAGAAACAGCGGAGAAAAAGUCCCUCUCAAAGCAGAAAAAGGAUAGAAAAUUUGCUGCUCCGCUCGAAAUAUAUUUCAAGUGAGAUUCUGUUCCGAGCAGAGCUUGAAUGGAACUUUAGAAUUGUCCUGGAAGUUUUCUCAAUUAUCCUUUAAUUGUAGGUACUGCCCCAAAUGGGUAGUGUGCGAUAUAUUAGACUGAAUGUCGCAUGGGGUGGAUCCAAGAUUUCGUAAGGGGAGGGGCAAAAGAAAACUUAUUGAUCUUUCAGGGAUGCUAUAUGUACUUAGACUGGAUAAAAAAAUUCUGAUGAUCAUUCAGAAUGACCCUUUUUCUACAUAAAAGAGGAGUUUUCUAUUGCCAAAAAUAUGUGUUGAAGUCUGAAUUCUGUCUGACAAAUAUGUUUUUAAGUCUGAAUUCAGUCUGAAAUUGGCCUCCCUGAUCUUUUAUUUUUUUUUACAAUCCUCCUUCCCCCCCCCCCCCCAUCGCCUUCCAAAAAAAAAAAACAUCUUGCCCAAAACAGGGGAAAGGGAACACUUCUCAUGAAAUAUUAUGAGCAAUUCUCAAUUUUGGGCAAUAGGAGUAGAGGGGCCAUGCACCCCCUUUGCCCCCCCCCAGGCUCUCCCCAAGAUCUGCAUCUUGAUUCUUGUUUAAAUGAAGUGUGUACAAUGUACCAUGAUGCUUGGUUUUAGUGUUUUUAAUAGUAUAAGAAAUAAUUGUCAGUUCAAAGAAUAAGUUUUGAGGUCAAUUAUUGAUAUUUGCAUAGCAAUGGCUUAAUUAAGCCUAUAGGCUAACUUUGAUAACUGUUAUUGAAUGCUAAUAUUUUAUUGUACCUCAUUCAAGAAGAACAAAUAAGUACAGUUUUUCACAAAUUUGCUUUAAUAUGAGAAACAAAGGAUAUAAAUUGAUGAUGCAAUGAAUUUCAAUUGAUUAUUUUGCUUUGUACAUCUUUCUUAUAUUAAAGCAGCCACGGUACAUAA